AGACUCAUGUGGAAAGGCAACUGAAAUUUUAGAUUAAGGACUCGCUGUCUGAGAGAGAGGGAAGGAGAAGACAGAGUGAAGGAUGGACACAUGGCUGAAUGAAGUCCAGAAGUUUCCGGUCCUGUAUGUGUUGUGCUGUUCUGUGCUCUUCAGGAUCCUGCACUGGUGUCUGCAGAUUGUGGCCCGUCCUGAUACUGUGACUAAAGACCGCUGGAAGACGUGGAAAUGGAGGAAUCUGUCAGUGUCUCUUGUUCACUCGCUGCUUACGGGCACCUGGGCCGUCGCCUGUGUCAUUUACUAUCCAGCAAUGGUGCAUGAAAUCCACUCAACAUACACACCUUCAGCAUACAUGCUAGUGGUCGUCUCAUCUGGGUACUUCAUUGAGGACGCUGCUGACAUUGUGUUUAGUGGCCACGCUAAAGCAUCUUGGGAGUUUUUACUUCAUCAUGUAUUGGUGCUGUGGUGUUUCCUGUACGCAGUGUUCACUCAUCAGUAUGUGGCGGGAGCAGUGGUGGCUUUAUUUGUGGAGGUGAACAGUGUUUUCCUGCACACUCGUUUACUGCUCAAUCUGGCGAAGGUGGCACACAGCUCUCUCAUCUACACCGUUAAUAAAGUGUUGAAUGUGGUGACAUAUGUGACCUUCCGGCUCGGAGCACAGUUUUACCUGACCUGGUACCUUACUUACCAUUACUCGUCAUUGGAUUAUGCUCUCUACUUCCUGAUCACCAUGAUGCUCAUGAAUAUCAUGAUCCUCAUUUACUUCUACCGACUCAUCAGGAGUGAUUUCUUCACCAAGCGGCGAAUUCAAAACGGCAUUCAGAAGUUAGCGGCGGACUAAGUCUGUCAGUCUAAAAAGACUGCGUUUAGGGUGACUGGUGGUAACUACAUUUACAUCCAGAGGAUAACUAUUGUACGAGCAAACCUAAACAGAGUCCGAUGUGAAUCUCCAAACAUUUUAAAUGUUUUUUUCACACUGCAACUCAAUAAACAACUUAAAAUGUUGGUAGCCAG